GGCGCCGAUUGUAUUUUUGGCCGAGCAAGUACCUAACAUAAACUGACAAAAAAAAAGCUACUACAGCUACCGCCGCGACAAUAUCGCAAUCGGCAUUUUGCCAUCAACUUGCACAGUUGAAAAGCUAACGUCUCCACAACACCUCAUUAACACUUCCAACUUCUCCUUGUCAAGCUAUAUCAAUCAUAUCUUACCAAACCAACCUGCGAUCCGAUAUAGCGCAUCGACUAUGUCCGUGGUUUCAGCCCUGAAGGGUGACUUGCCGCAGCAAGCUCGGUCAUUGUACCGCCAACUGCUGCGUCAAGGCAGUCAGUUUCAGGCCUACAACUUCAGAGAGUAUGCAAAGCGCCGAACGAGAGAUGCAUUCCGAGAGAACGCGGGCGUGCAGGAUCCUAGAGAGAUACAGACACUCAUACAGAAGGGACUAAAGGAGUUGCAGAUGAUGAAACGUCAAACGGUCAUCAGCCAAUUCUACCAGAUAGAUCGGUUAGUAGUGGAGGGCGGAAUAUCGGGUAAGCAAAGCGGAAAGUCCGGAGAUGUUUCGCGGCAGAAGGAUACGGGAUGGGAUUAAUACCACCUUGCGUGAUGCUUUAGACUAUUCGCAAUAGGGUCACCUCGUUCUUCUCGUGCGUCUCGCAUCUACUAUACGAGACGUGCCAGCCCUGUACCAUUACAACUUCAUUGUACAUCAAGCGCGCGGUCGAAUUAUAGGCUUGUGGUGUCCGCUUUCCUGGUUCGUAGGGAUAUCAAGUCUCAUUAGAGCAUGGAGAAAACGGAAACGGGAUCAGGUUAGAAUCUCGUAUGCAUGAAAAAAGUAUGGCCUACGAAUAAGGCAAUGCGCAGUACGGCAAGGAGUAUCCAGGUCAUCUCACAUCAUGAUAUCGAAUGCCAAUUCUGCUCAAGUUGCUUCAUAUGAACUUGCGAGUGAUAGUUCGCUAGUUUAGGAUUUCUUGUCAAGCUAGCAGAGACCAUUCAGAAGAUAUCCGCUGUAUAGCGAUCAAUACACUCCUCAUUUAAGGCAGAAUAUUCUGAUUAGAGACUACCUCAGUA